CCCCGGCUUCCCACCACGGCCGCUCUCGGCGAGGAAACUCUGGCCUCCGCUUCCUCCUCCUCCGACUCGGACACCGGCGGAGCCUCCCCGCCACCGCGGAAGAAGGCGCGGGCCUCCCCGGCGGCGGCGGCGGCGGAGGGAGCAGGAGAGCCCGGGGCUUCUGCGGGCAGAGCAGGCCUCACCUCGUCCCCGUCCCUCUCGCUCUCCGCCGGGCUCGCCCCCCCUGCUGCCAGCCCCCUCAGAGCCAGCGGGAGCGCCGGCGGCACCAGCAGCGCCAUGCAGGCCAACGGGGCAGGAGGGGGGCAGCAACAGCCGCCGCCGCCGCCGGGUCCCGAGCUGGGCUGCCUCAGCGCCCAAAACGGCGAGGCCUCGUCGGGCUCGACCGGCGGGGAGCAGCUGGCUCACGCCAACGGGCUGCUGCCUUUGGCCAACAACGACGGCGGCGGCGGCGGGCCGAGUGUCAACAACGGGGUGGCGGCCCCCGGGGGGUCCGUGGCCGAGAUGGGGGGAGGCGGCGGCGGCGGGGUCGGCGGCAGCGCCCUGAAGAAGAAGAAGCGUCUCUCGCAGUCCGAUGAGGACGUGAUCCGGCUCAUCGGGCAGCACCUUCACGGGCUGGGCCUCAACCAGACUGUUGAUCUUCUAAUGCAAGAAUCAGGGUGUCGUUUAGAGCAUCCUUCUGCUACCAAGUUCCGCAAUCAUGUCAUGGAAGGAGAGUGGGAUAAGGCUGAGAACGACCUGAAUGAACUCAAGCCUUUAGUGCACUCUCCACAUGCAAUUGUGAGGAUGAAGUUUUUGCUGCUGCAGCAAAAGUAUCUAGAAUAUCUGGAAGAUGGUAAGGUUCUGGAGGCACUUCAAGUUCUACGUUGUGAAUUGACACCAUUGAAAUACAACACAGAGCGCAUUCAUAUACUCAGUGGAUAUCUGAUGUGUAGUCAUGCAGAAGACCUGCGGGCAAAAGCAGAAUGGGAAGGAAAAGGAACAACUUCCAGAUCUAAGCUUUUGGACAAACUCCAGACUUACCUACCACCAUCAGUGAUGCUCCCCCCAAGGCGUCUGCAGAAUCUGCUGCGUCAAGCUGUGGAGCUACAACGAGACCGGUGCCUCUAUCACAAUACCAAACUAGAUAACAGUCUAGAUUCUGUAUCGCUGCUUAUAGACCAUGUUUGUAGUAGGAAACAGUUCCCAUGUUACACACAACAGAUACUUACAGAACAUUGUAAUGAAGUGUGGUUCUGUAAGUUCUCCAAUGAUGGCACUAAACUAGCAACAGGAUCAAAGGACACAACUGUUAUUAUAUGGCAGGUUGAUCCAGAUACACACCAGCUAAAAUUACUCAAGACAUUGGAAGGCCAUGCAUAUGGCGUUUCCUACAUUGCUUGGAGUCCGGAUGACAACUACCUGGUUGCCUGUGGCCCAGAUGACUGCUCUGAGCUUUGGCUCUGGAAUGUGCAAACAGGAGAGCUGAGGACAAAGAUGAGCCAGUCUCAUGAAGACAGUUUAACAAGUGUGGCCUGGAAUCCAGAUGGAAAACGUUUUGUCACAGGAGGGCAGCGUGGACAGUUCUACCAGUGUGACUUAGACGGCAAUCUCCUGGACUCCUGGGAAGGAGUGAGAGUGCAAUGCCUGUGGUGCUUGAGUGAUGGGAAGACUGUGCUGGCAUCAGAUACACACCAGCGAAUCCGGGGUUAUAACUUUGAGGACCUUACCGACAGGAACAUAGUACAAGAAGAUCAUCCAAUUAUGUCUUUCACUAUUUCAAAAAAUGGCCGGUUAGCAUUGUUAAAUGUAGCAACUCAGGGAGUUCAUUUAUGGGAUUUGCAAGACAGAGUUUUAGUGAGAAAGUACCAAGGUGUUACACAAGGGUUUUACACGAUUCACUCAUGUUUUGGAGGCCAUAAUGAAGACUUCAUCGCUAGUGGCAGUGAAGAUCACAAAGUAUAUAUUUGGCACAAACGUAGUGAGCUGCCAAUUGCAGAGCUGACAGGGCACACGCGAACAGUCAACUGCGUGAGCUGGAACCUGCAGAUUCCAUCCAUGAUGGCCAGCGCUUCUGAUGAUGGCACUGUUAGAAUAUGGGGACCAGCACCUUUUGUAGACAACCAGGAUAUUGAAGAGGAAUGCAGUAGCAUGGAUAGUUGAUGGUGAACUUGGAGCAGACGACUUCUGUUUAACUUAAAUUUAGUCGUAUUUUAAAUGGCUUGGGAUUUGGUGCAAACAAACAUGAUUGAUAGCUGGACAGACAUGCUCAUCAUGGAAAAAAAAAGAACCAUUUCUGAAGCCCGACUGGGGCCAAACAUUUUACCACCUUGCUUCAUAGUAAACAGUUGAGAUGAAGCACGUCGUUAGAACGUUGUUGGACACCAUGUUGAAGUAACCCCCCAUCGGUUGUGAAGAACUGUGCUACAUUCAGGCUAACCAUUGAACUCCAUAUAUACAUUUUUCCCUUCUGCCAUUUUGUCAGGCAGAUUACUGUUCUUGUUGCUCUUCUGUGUAAUGAAGUUUAAAUGCUUGUUUGGAAAACCUUUUUAUUUAACAGUUUAGAAGGCUUGAUAGAAAGAGUGCUUUAGUCUGAAGAGUACAUGUUGGAUAGGAAAGUAUUUCCUUCUCUUGUUUCUCUGAGUCUCUCUCCGCCUUAUUUAGCUUGAGAUCUUUGCAGCUUGGUUCAUGGAUUCUAGCCUUGCCCGUUGCGCAGUAUAUCUACACCCAGAUGUUAAACCAGUGAAUGACAUGAAAAGCACUCUCAGUAUCACACUUGACAAAAGGUUUUGUACUUUUCACAUGGCUUGUUGCCCCAUGAAUGGGUUAACAGCACAAUUUUUUUAACAAAGUAAAUUAUUUAUAGCAUUAAAAUGACUUCAUUUGUAUACAUUUGGAACUUAAACCAGCUUAAAAAGUGUCAUCGGCAAGUAAAUGCAGUAUAACUGGUACUCCUCUGGAGUGUUGUGUAAGACCAUUUGGCUGGCAGGAGUUUUACACAGAGUAUAUGAAGUAUUAUUUUAAAAAAGAUACCUUGUUUACCACCAUAAAAAAAUUGAGAGCUUUCACAAUCACCAACUAAAGAAGUACAAUGUAAUUUCUGAAGUUAAUAAAUGGAAAUUCCAAAUUGG